GAAGCGUCGCUAAGGCUUGACUUUAUCGUAGUCGGCGGAGGUCUAUCAGGCCUCUCAGUCGCCCAUGUUCUAUCCAAGGCUGGCCACAGCGUCCGUGUCCUAGAGAAGCUCCCAGCUCUGGGGGCGCCUUCAGGAGGCCUCCGCGUCCCGCCGAACAUGAGUAAAAUUUUAAAGAAGUGGGUGGGCGGCGAGGAACUAGCUAAGACUGCCGUGCUGAACAUCGCGACGCCGUGGUAUGACUUGCACACGAGCGAGAAGAUGGGUGCUGCGCAGUGGCGACCAGCGGUCAUGGCGGAAACAGGCGGCGAAUUUCUGCUCAUGAAGCACGAAGACGUCCAUCGACUCCUCUACCGCCUCGCCAUCGAGUCCGGCGCAAAGGUCGACUUUGGCGUAUCCGUAGCGUCAGUAGCGCCGGGGGACCCAAGGCCAACGGUAACGUUGUCAACCGGCAAGGUGCUCGAGGCGGAUAUUGUCAUCGGCGCCGAUGGCCCUCGGAGCCUCGUGCGACCAGUCGUGCUUGACAGGCCGGAUGACGCCGUCCCCUCGGGCCUCACAGUCUUUGGGACGACCAUUCCCGCAGAGAAGAUGAUGCAGGACCCGAAGCUGGCAAAGCUUGUGCAGGCAAAUGAGUGGCCGAUCAUGAUGGGCACGAAUCGUAGCUUGUGUGCUCAUCCUGUGAAAGGCAAGACCGAGUUUGCGGUACAGAUGUACUGGCCGGAUGAAGACGCCCUCACACCAGACCAUGCAACGGAAUCCUGGUACGAUGCUGUUCCGACGAGUAGUCUCGACUUCAGCAAUCUGGGACCCAUGGCCCAGCGCAUGUUGAAGUUGACGCCAUACCUGUACCGCACACGUUAUAUGACCCGUGAGGAAGAGAUUGACGAGUGGAUAGACGAGUCGGGGCGGAUAGUACUCAUCGGCGAGGCAGCACACCCGUGGUUCCCAGGAGGCACGUACGGCCCCUCGAUGGCGCUCGAGGACGCAGUCGUGUUCGGCACGCUCUUCGGACGCCUCUCGAGCUGGAAGGAGAUCCCGCGCUUCCUGAACGCAUACCAGGAGAUCCGCUUCAACCGAACGAACUCUACCAACGAGAUGGACGUGUCCAACGCCGCAUUCAUGCGCCUCCCGCCGGGCCCCGGGGCCGAGGCACGUAACAUGCAGAUCCGCCAGGCGCGUGACGAGUGGGACGAUGGUUCGCUCAAGCGCGAGUUCGAGGGUCUCGCGGCUCUGUUUGGCUACGAGGCGGAGGAUGCUGCGCAGGAAUGGUGGGUAACAUGGGGU